UCAUCUCCCCAAACGCCGUCGCACUCCCACCGAAACCCACCGCGAAGGAGCGCCGAAACCCUACCCAUAGAUCUUGCGAGUGAGAGCCUUCGGUGCGGACGAGCCAUGGCCGUCGUCGCUGACGUUGCAGCGGGAAAUCUGGUGGUUGUUCUGGCAAUGGCUUUGCUUUUGGCGCCGUUGGUCUCGUCCAACUCCGAGGGGGACGCGCUCUACGCGCUGCGGAAGAGCCUCUCGGACCCGGACGACGUGCUGCAGAGCUGGGAUCCGACUCUCGUGAACCCUUGCACUUGGUUCCAUAUUACCUGUAACCAGGACAAUCGCGUCACUCGCGUGGACCUGGGCAAUUCAAAUUUAUCUGGCCAUCUUGUACCUGAACUUGGACGCCUUGAACAUUUGCAAUAUCUGGAACUCUACAAAAACAAUAUCCAAGGGACAAUACCAUCAGAGUUUGGUAAUCUGAAGAGUCUCAUUAGCCUGGACUUGUAUAAUAACAACAUCUCAGGGGUUAUCCCUCCAACACUAGGGAAGCUUAAGUCUCUAGUAUUCUUACGGCUCAAUGAUAAUCGUUUGACCGGUCAAAUCCCAAGGGAACUUGUUAAAAUUUCUAGCCUCAAAGUUGUUGAUAUAUCAUACAACGAUCUCUGUGGAACUAUUCCCACCACUGGACCAUUUGAACACAUCCCCUUAAACAACUUUGAGAACAAUCCACGUUUAGAAGGUCCAGAGUUGCAGGGUCUUGCAUUGUAUGACACAAACUGCUGAAAGGGCCUGAUGACGCAAGUCACGACACCAUUUCACAACCUGGCUGGCACAAAUAUGUUCCAUAAUAGUCUUGUCACAUAUGUUGAACUAGUAAUUGUAGGUGAAGAUGGAAUUUAUCUUGUUUGUAAGGGUACCUCAAACCAGAACUGUUACUGUAUGCUUAUGUAGAUAAGUAUAUCAAGGAUGAUUGCUUGUUCUCAAUAAAUGUUGGAUUGUGCCAAUGCAAGCGA